AUGAUGACAUCUAAUAGUAAUCAACAACAAUUUUCAUAUUUUCCCAAAAUUUUAAAUGGUGGAAUUGCAGGAAUAGUGGGUGUUACGUGUGUCUUUCCUAUCGAUCUUGUAAAAACAAGACUCCAAAAUCAGGUAACUCUUCCUGGAGAGCCUCCAAAAUAUACAGGAAUUUUAGAUUGUGCAAAAAAAACAUGGAUUGCAGGUGGUAAUAAUACUUUUUCUAAAAUUCGUUCACUUUACUCUGGAUCAGCAGUUAAUAUUUUAUUAAUUACACCAGAAAAAGCAAUAAAAUUAGUUGCUAAUGAUUUUUUUCGUUAUCAAUUAGCUGUACCUGGACAGGAAAAACUUACCAUGGUUAGGGGUAUGAUUGCUGGUGGUAUGGCAGGUUUAUGUCAAAUUGUUGUAACAACACCAAUGGAAUUGUUGAAAAUUCAUGGUCAACAAAAUACAGGACCAAAAAUGUCAGCAACAGCUUUGGCAGCAAAAUUGGUAAGGGAAAAUGGAAUAGCAGGUUUAUAUAAAGGCGUCACCUCAACUUUAGCCAGAGAUGUAACAUUUUCAGUUCUUUAUUUUCCAUGGUUUGCUGCUCUAAAUGAUAUGGCUCCAAGAAAGAAUGAUGGUAGUGGUGAAGCUGUUUUCUAUGGAUCUCUUCUGGCUGGUAUUACAGCCGGAGCCUCAGCAUCAUUUUGUGUCACACCUUUAGAUGUCAUAAAAACAAGAAUGCAAAUAAUUAAAGAAGGAUCAAAUGAAAAACCUUAUAAAAAUAUCCCAGAUGCAUUUAUUAAAAUAAUUCGUCUCGAAGGACCCCAAGCAUUAUUUAAAGGAGCAGCUUGUAGAAUGUUAGUUUUGGCUCCAUUAUUUGGUAUUGCUCAAGCAGUAUAUUAUCUAGGAAUUGGAGAAUAUAUCUUAGGUGUUAACCGAAGUUAG